AUGUCAUCUAUCAAAGGACCUUUCCAAAUCAAAAUCAACGGCCAAGCAGUUGCGCCAGUCAACGACAACGGCGAAGACCAAAUCCAAGCAUCGUUUGGUCCAGAUGCAGCAGUUUUCACCUUGACGGACGGGCGCCUUGAGAGCAACUGCUGGUACUUAGGUCGAUACUUGGUCGAGGACAGGAGUCUCCUCCCCAAGCGUGUGUACUGGUUUCGCAAGGGAAGUGGUGUAGAACCCGAUUGGAUUCACUCGGUCUCUGCUGAACCAUCCGGGACUUCAUACUCUCUUUUGUUUUCAGGUGCCCCGUUGAUCAACGAGGACAACAUGCUUUUUGCUGACCUGAUGAAAGACCAGCCCGCAUCCGUUGAGGUUACCAUGGUAGUAUAA